UAAAAUGUCUGCUUGGAAAGAGUCAAAAAAUAAAUUUAGUAAAAUGAAACAUUAACCAGUGUUUUAAACCGAACAAACGACACGUGAUAUUCAGGUGCAGAUCUUAAUGAAGAAAAAAUGAUAGGAAUCAUGGAUGGGGCCCAAUGAAAGUGCAUUAGAAAAUUUAAUCUCAUAGAAUAUUGUGUUGUGUAUGAAAUGAAUGUGUUUUGAUAGUAUAUGUUGGACACAGUGAAUGGUAACAUGUCCGAAGAGGAAGACUCGUCCCCUGACAGGGAUUUGGUCCCCACCAAUAAUUCCUCAGUGGUAGGUAUAAAGCGUCUUAAGCAGAUCGAGUCCAUGUUCACGUCCCGCCGUCUCCAAGGUCCGAGAGCUCACACGUUAAGCGUCGAGACCCUGCUGGACGUCCUCUUGGUCUUGUACGACGAAUGCUGUAACAGUUCCCUCAGAAGAGAAAAGGCAGUAGCCGAUUUUAUCCACUAUGUGAAACCGGUGGCGACAGCUUUAAAACGUCUGCGAUUGUCAAGGGACGACUUCGAGCUGGUGAAGGUUAUAGGGCGCGGCGCCUUCGGUGAGGUGUGCGUGGUGCGAGCGUCCUUCAUACAGGGUGGCGACGGUGGUGCUCCCGGCGCCGCCGCGGCCGGCGACAGGGUGUACGCCAUGAAGAUAUUAAACAAAUGGGAGAUGUUGAAGAGGGCGGAAACGGCGUGUUUUCAAGAAGAAAGAGACGUCUUAGUUUUCGGCGACAGGAGAUGGAUCACGAAUCUACACUACGCUUUCCAAGAUGAACACAAUCUGUACCUCGUGAUGGACUACUACUGCGGCGGGGACCUGCUCACGUUGCUGUCCAAGUUCGAGGACCGGCUCCCGGAGGACAUGGCCAAGUUCUACAUCGCCGAGAUGGUGCUGGCCAUCCAGAGCGUGCACGAGCUGCGAUACGUGCACAGAGAUAUCAAGCCGGACAACGUUCUAUUGGAUGCAAGCGGUCACAUCAGGCUGGCGGACUUCGGAUCCUGUCUGAGGCUCGGCGAUGAUGGGAAGGUACAAAGCAACGUGGCUGUCGGCACGCCGGAUUACAUUUCACCGGAAAUAUUAAGAGCCAUGGAGGAUGGGCAGGGCAGGUACGGCCCGGAGUGCGACUGGUGGUCCUUGGGAGUGUGCAUGUACGAGAUGCUGUUCGGCGAGACCCCGUUCUACGCGGAGUCGCUGGUGGAGACCUACGGCAAGAUCAUGAACCACUCCAGGUCCUUCCAGUGUCCGCCGCCCGACGACCACGCCGCACAGGUGUCUGAAGAAGCCCAGGAUCUCAUUCGAAGGUUGAUCUGCGGGUCGGAGAACAGACUCGGCAAGAACGGACUCCAAGACUUUAAGAGCCACCCCUGGUUCGGCGGCGUGGAGUGGGAGACGGUGCGCGAGGUGCAGGCCCCCUUCGUGCCGGACGUGUCCAGCCCCACGGACACCUCCAACUUCGACGUGGACGACACUGACGUCAGGUUGUCGGAGGCGGUGCCGCCGCCCCGCGCCAGCGCCGCGUUCUCCGGCGUGCACCUGCCCUUCGUGGGCUUCACGUACACGGGCGGCUCCGCGCUCAGCGACCUGGGCGCGCCCGCCCGCCCACUCAGCCCCGCCAAGAACGCCACCAGCCAGGCGCCGUCCAACGCCGGGGACCGCGCCGCCGUCAAAGCCCUCGAAAGGGAAAACGCGCUGUUGGCGCAGACCAUAGCCGAGCUGCGGGCCGGGGGUGACGACCCCGCCAGCGACGAACUUAUCACCCUGAAGGAGGAACUGGCGACGCUGUCCAAGAGGAACGCUGAUCUCGAGGCGCAGUUGCGUUGCUACGAACAGGUCGCGGUCUCAGCGGUCGGGCAGGAUAUUCCGUCAACGCCCCAGGAUAUGGCGGUUCGUUUGAGAGAACUGGAAUUGAUCGUUCAAUCUCUGACCGCCGAGAAGGAGGAGCUCUUCAAAGAGCGGACUGACUCUAUGGAAAAAUUGAAACUUCAGGAUAAGGAAUUGAAGGAUGCUAUAUCACAACGCAAGCUCGCCAUGGCCGAAUAUAAUGAGGUCACCGAGAGACUAUCCGAGUUAAGACAGCAGAAGCAGAAAUUGUCGCGGCAGGUCCGCGAUAAGGAAGAAGAGUUGGAAGUGGCUAUGCAGAAGAUCGACGCGCUUCGACAGGACAUCAGGAGGGCGGACAAGGGACGGCGGGAGCUGGAGGCGAGGCUGGACACCGCCAUCGCUGAAGCCACCAAGGAACGGAAGCUGCGGGAGGAGUCCCUCCGCGGACAGCGCGCGGACGCCGCGGGAGGGACGGGCUCGACCGCCGACGUAGCGCGGCUGCAGGCCGAGGUCGAGGCUCUGGAGGUGCAGUACAAGGAGUCGCUGUCGCAGCAGCAGGCCCGCUUCGGCGCCGAGCUGGCCGCGCUCACCGAGCAGCUGCACGAGGGGGACGCGCUGCGCACCGUGCUCACCCGGGAGCUGCAGACCUCGAAGGAGAAGUUGGAGAAUCGUCGUAUGGAGCAGCUGAGCGACUCCGAGGACAGGCAGAUGCUGAUCAACGAGAACAGGAAGCUGGCCAAGGACCUGGACGCCAUGGCGGAGAACGGUCGGCGCUGGCAGGCGGAGCGUCGCCAGAUGGAGCUGGAGCUGGACGAGCUGCGGGCCAAGAGGGACACCAUGCAGCACUGGGAGACACAGAUAGCGGACAUCAUCCGGUGGGUGGCCGACGAGAAGGAGGCCCGGGGGUACCUCCAGGCGCUCGCCACUAAAAUGACCGAAGAACUAGACUUCCUCAAGCACGCGAGUGUAUCCCGUUCGUCGCCCGGCCCCCCGUCCCCCGCCGUGGGGGGGCCCGUGGGGGUGCCGGUGGGGGGCCCCGUGGGAUCCCAAGCAGGGGGCGGCUGGAGGAACCGCCGCUCGCAGAAACUCGACAAGAUGGAGAUACUCACGCUGCAGUCCUCAUUGCACUCUGAGAUACAAGCCAAGCAAGUCGUCAGUGAAGAGCUCAGUCGAACCCGGGCGGAGUUACUAGCCAGCCAGAGGGAGUUACUGGAGACCCGUCAGCGCUUAGACUCGCUGGCGCACGAUUUGAAGCGUAAGGAGCAGCACACGCGGGACCUCCAGGCCCGGCUCGACGCCCCGCACGCCGCCGGCAAUUCCUCGAGAAAAGGAUCGGCGAAAUCGUACUGGAGCGCCAAAGAAGAGAACGUCUUGGAUCGUCCAUCGUCACAGAUGAGCUAUCUUGAUCAGUUCCUGAAGGAGGGUCCCGCGGAGAGGCACUACGACAACGUUGCGGCUAUCAACGAACAAAAGAUGUCGUUGCAGGCCCGUUACAGGAAUGCACAACAUUUUUGUAACGCAAAGCUAAUGUACGGAUCUCAGCAAUCGGGAGUAUUGAGUGGCUCCGUUGAGUCUCAAGAUGAAAUGGAAGGUCCGAGAGCCUCCUCGCCGGCGUCCACGAAGAGCUCGCCCAGCGAGAUGUCGACCGUUAGUCAAUGUGACCCCUCGGCCGGGCCAGCUCUCCCCGGGAAGGAGAAGGUGCACCAGUUCCUCGUGAGAACAUUCAGCAGCCCCACCAAAUGUAAUCACUGCACGUCGUUGAUGAUCGGGCUGACGCGGCAGGGCGUGGUGUGCGAGCGCUGCGGGGUGGGCGUGCACGCGGCGUGCUGCGCGCUGCUGUGUGCGCGCUGCCCGCCGCCCGCGCGCGCGCGCCGCCCGCUCGGCAUCGACCCCGCGCGGGGACAGGGGACCGCCUACGAGGGAUACGUCAAGGUUCCGAAGCCGGGGGGAGUGAAGAAAGGUUGGAUGCGGCAAUUCGUAGUUGUAUGUGAUUUCAAAUUGUUCCUGUACGACAUAUCACAAGAUCGGAACGCUCUCCCGUCGGUCUGCGUGAGCCAGGUCCUCGACAUGAGGGACCCUGAAUUCAGCGUGACGUCAGUCAAGGAUUCUGACGUCAUACACGCCAGCAAACGGGACAUACCCUGUAUAUUUAGGAUAUCGACGUCACAGAUCGAGGGGGGCAAGCGCUCGCACACGCUCAUGCUGGCAGAGUCCGACUCCGAGAAGACGAAGUGGGUGGUCGCGCUCAGCGAGCUGCACCGGAUACUGAAGCGAAACAACCUGCCCGACAAAUGUGUGUACAGCGCGUGCACGGUGGCGGACAGCGGCGCGGGCGCGGCGCUGCGGGGCGCGCUGUGCGCCUGCAUCCUGGAGCGCACGCGGCUGUGCGUGGGCGGGGAGGCGGGGCUCGUGCUGCUGGACCUGGAGCGCGGGGAGCUGGUGCCCAAGCGGGGGCCGGCGCACGUGCACUCCGUCGUCUACGUGCCCAACGAGCAGCUGCUGGUUACAAUUUCCGGUCGCGGUCGUCACGUGCGGCUGGUCCCCAUUCGCGCGCUGGAGGCUGACGUGGACAGUGUCAAGCUCCCCGAGACCAAGGGCGCGUUGACACUGGCAGCCGGCGCGACCAGAGCUGGCGCGUGCGGGUUCGCCGUUCUUUGCAAGAAACAAAACGCGUACAUCGUGAACGUGUACGAGAUAACGCGCACGGCGGCGCGCUGCGUGCGCAUCGCGGAGCUGCGGGCGCCGUCCGCCGUGUACUGCGUGCAGCUGUCGGCCGCGCGCCUCGUGCUGGGGUACCGCGGCGGGUUCGCCAGCCACGCGCUGCCGCACCCACGUCGCGACGCCGACCAGCCCGCGCGCAGUCUGGUGCACCCGGACAACCAGGUGAACCUGUUCCUGUCGCACUCUGGCGCGCGGCCGCUGUGCUGCGCGGCGGUGGGCGGCUCCGGGGACACGCUGCUCGUGUUCAACACGCUCGCGCUGUACGUGGACCGGCACGGACACCGCGCGCGCGACGCCGAGCUCAUGUACACGGCGCACCCCACGCACCACGCUAUAAACGAGUCGCACCUCCUCAUAUUCACGCAAACACACAUCGACAUAUACGACAUCGAAACGAGCGAAUGGGUGCAGACGAUCAACAUACCCAACGCCCGACCUCUGGACACGUCCGGUUGGCUGAUCUGCGUGGGCGGCGGCAACAACGGCUUCCCCUUCUCUGGGGACGCCGCCCCCUACAUCGUCUACCUGAAGCCGCUCAUGAGCCAGGGUCCCCUGAAUGCGGACUUGUUAUCGUCGCGAACCGGCACCAGGCGACUAGCUGUGAGAGAUCAGUCGCAGCACGCGCUAGACGCGCACACUCGACUUGCGGAGCGACGUUCCCGCCUGAUCUCAGCCCCAACGAACUUCUCCCACGUGUCCCACAUGGGGCCCGGCGACGGCAUCCGCUCACAGAGGCUGCUCGACCUGCCCACCACACUGGAGACUGCAGACGAACAGCAGGCCUACAGCAGCAGGGAGAGCAGUAAGCGGACGUCUCCGCUGACGAUAUCGCACGGCACCGGCUCCUAUAACGGUUCGUGGCGGGCGGCUCGCACGAAGGACGCGCCCCCCUCGCCGGUCCUCUCGCACCAUCGGCCCAUGGAGAGGUCCAUAGGGGGAGGUUCGCAGGGGAGUGGCUCACUCCUCCUGGAGAGGUCCAUAACGCCGCUGAGUCUGGGCAGCAUGAGCUCUCUGCAUGACGUGCUCAAGGUGGGGGCGGAGCUGGGGGAGGGCGCCCCGUCGGGGGACAGCAGCUGCGGCGCCUCGCCCCCCCACCCCGCGGACCCCUGAUGAAGCCAACUGACCGCUUGGAACAUUGACAUGUCCAGUCUCUACGCUUGCUUUUGUUGAGGUCGCGCUAAAAUAGCUCUUAUGUUGUCGUGCGAGAGGCUACAGGCGGGAAUGGACUUGAGACGUUUGGAUACUCAGCAGAGGAGGACGCUACAAGGGUCUCUCAAAAAUCACCGAAUCUCAUAAUGUUAAAAACCGCCUCCAGUAACUUUAAUAAUAGACUUACCGACUUCAAAAAAAAGGAGAUUCUCAAUUCGAAUGUUUUUUAA